AUGCGUCUUUCACACGCUAUUCUCGCACUCGGAAGUGUCGCUACUGUUCUCGGCGCACUUGAAGAUAUUGAUGUUCAUGAUCGACGCACUGUCGAAUUCUCCGAUGAUCAGGCUUCCAACCCUGGGAUAGUCCCGGUGCAACUCGAUUCCAGGAAUCUUGAACAAAGAGGAAAAAAGUCUAAGCCGCCGAAAGAUCAAAAGAAACCUGAUAAGGAGGAGAAGAAACCUGAAAAUGAGGAUCAGAAAAAUACUGAUAAAGAGGAUCAGAAGGCAAAUGAGAAAGAGCAGAAGGCAGCUGAUAAGGAGAAGUUGAAGGAAGAGAAGGCAGCUGCGAAAGAGCAGAAGAAACUUGAUAAGGAGGAGAAGAAACAGGAGAAGGCAGCUGAGAAAGAGCAGAAGAAACUUGAUAAUGAGCAGCAGGGAGGAGAAUUGCCUUCAGAUGGAACGGAGAAACUUCCGAAGACAACGAAAUCAGAGGACAUUCUAGACGAUGGUACAACGACACCGGAGAUUAAUCCAGAGACAGGUCUACCUUAUAAGAAGAAGAAGAAGACACCGAAGAUUGAUCCGGAGACAGGUUUACCUGUAGAGAAGAAGAAGAAGACAUCGGAGAUUGAUCCCGAUACUGAUUUACCUGUAAAGACGGCCAAGACUGGUUCCGAUCCUCUAGACGAAGAUCCAACGACACCUUUGGAUCCAGAUGCGGAUUUGACUGCUGAGAAACCAAAGAAGAAAAAGAAGACAAAGAAGCCAGCUACAGGUUCUCUCGACGAUCCUGUAGUAGAUCCUGAAGCCGCCCCCGUGGAUCCAAUGGCUAAGAGAGAAGAAACUGAUGCAGUUGCACAAUCCGAGGUUAUUAGUCGUGUCAAGAGAGCUAUUAUGCCAGAGCCGGAAGACACAUGGGCUGGCACCGGGUGGCAGUCGGUAAAGGAUGACGAAUAG